AUGACCCCACGGAACAUGCCACCAGAGAAGGAGUUGUUGUUAGAUGAGGAAGAGAGCAAUGUACCAAGUCCGGUUCGUCCGCGUCGAACCCGGGGCGUAAAGACCGGAACCGUCGCCCUGGUGGCGCUUUUACUUCUCACCACAAUCGGUGGUCUUCAAUACGGGCUUUUGGGGUCAAAGCAAAUCCCGAGCUGCUUCAAAGGCCACCGCCACAAGAGGCCACAUCAUGGCAAGGCAGACCUUUGUCUGACACCGGCAUGUAUACAUGCAUCCUCGGAAUUCCUAUACAACCUCUCUCCCAACUAUAAGGAGCUUGAUCCCUGCACCGAUUUCGAGGAACUCGUCUGCGGAGGAUGGAGAGAUCGUCAUGAUCUUCGACCGGAUCAAGGUGAUGCAUUUACUGGGACUAUAAUGGCUGAAUCGUCCGAAAUGCUGCUGCGCCAUAUCCUUGAGGCCCCGUAUCCAGGAGAUUCAAAGCACUCCUCCUUCUCGCCAGCCCAACUCGACUCCAACUCGAAUUCUGUGGACAAAGAAAACUUCGACAAACUCAAGGCUGCCUAUGAUGCUUGCUUAGACGAAGACACCAUUCGAAAGAUUGGUGUCGCCCCAUUGAUGGAAAUCCUCAAUGAGACGUCAAGCCGUUUCCCGAAGUCUAACCAACGCAAGUGCGCUGAUGGCGGCGUGCUCUCAGACACAAUUGUUUAUCUAUCUAAGCUGGGAAUUUCUGGCCUGAUAUCUACAGGCACCGGUGCCGACGACAAGGACGCGGAUACAGUGGUUGUGUCUAUCUCCGCUCCAUACCGCAUUGGUCUGCCAGCAAAGGAGCUGUAUCAAGACAAGAAGAUCGUGAAACGAUACGAAGAAGUGGCAUCGCAAGUUUUCUCUGCCCUUUAUCCAGAGUCCGUCCAUAAUAAGGCUGCCACUCAAGCACUUGUGGAGUUUGAGAAGAAGUUGGCCGCGGCAUCACCUGAUGCCGAAGAUCGUGAUGAUGUUACAAAAUACUAUAACCCCAUGUCUGUGGAAGAAGCCGGCCGUUUGGCUCCACAGCUGCACCUACCGAAGGUUCUGCAAAGUCUGACGCCCUCGGACUACAAUCUUAAUCGGGUAAUCGUCAUGGCACCAGAGUACUUGAAGGAUCUCUCCAAAUUGUUGGAUGAUACCACAGAGGAUGUCAUCGAGACCUACUUUCUUUGGAAGGUGAUCCAGGCAUACGCCGGAUACAUCGAGGCUGACGCGAUCGAGCCUUACCGCCGUUUCACCAACGAGCUACAGGGCAAGGAUCCUGACUCGAAGCCAGAACGAUGGAGGACCUGCGUGAGACACGUGGACGAUGGACUAGGCUGGCUUCUGAGCCGGUUCUUCGUUGAAAAGGCUUUCUCUGCGAAGGCAAAGGAGUUCGGCGACCAGAUUGUCUCAGAUAUCAAGGCUCAAUUCAUCGAGAAGCUCAAGGUUACCGAUUGGAUGGAAAAGGAAGUCAUUGAGCUGGCAAUAAGAAAGGUCCACAAUAUCGUCCAGAAGAUUGGUUAUCCAGACAAGAGCCCCAACAUCUUGGACCCGGAAGCACUCCACAAGUACUACGAACAAGUUCCAAUCAACUCUUCUGCCUAUUUUGAAAACGCUGUGUCCAUGACUGAACUGGAGGUUGUCCGGCAGUGGUCUGCUCUUGGAAAACCAGUCGAUAGGGACGAAUGGGGCAUGACAGUGCCAACCGUCAAUGCUUAUUACAAUCCUCCAGGCAAUGAAAUUGUCUUCCCGGCCGGGAUCAUGCAAUUCCCCGUCUUUGAUGUCGACGUCCCACAAUAUAUCAGCUACGGCGCGUUCGGAUCUGUUUCCGGCCAUGAACUCUCUCAUGCUUUUGACUCGACUGGGCGCCAUUAUGAUCAAAAUGGCAACUACACGGACUGGUGGACAAACAAGACGGUCACCGAGUUUAAGAAGCGUGCCGAAUGCUUUGUCGACCAAUAUUCCAACUUUACAGUCGAGGGAGCCGAUGGCAAACCCCUGCACGUCAACGGCAAAUUGACGCUGGGCGAAAACAUUGCCGAUGCCGGCGGUCUCUCUGCGGCGUUUGCAGCAUGGAAGAAACGGGCCGCCGAAACACCGAACCAGGACCUUCCCGGGCUUGAUUUCUUCACCCAAGACCAGUUGUUCUUCGUGUCCUAUUCAAACUGGUGGUGCGGGAAGACCAGGAAGGAAACGGCAAUUCAACGUAUAUUCACCGAUCCGCAUGCGCCAAAGUGGGCGCGCAUCUUGGGCACGAUGGCCAACUCGCGUGAGUUCAAGGAGAGUUUUCACUGUAAGUCUAAAGAACCGGUUUGUGAGCUGUGGUAG